GUUGUUGUUUGCUACCUGAAUUUAUGUGUAACUUACACUAAUCACCGUUGAGUGCCCGCCAUUAUUACCUGCAAGCUACUUUAUAUAAACAGAAAUUCUCGCAAAAAAAAUUAUUCGCACUCCAAGUCUUGAAAAAACCAAAUAAAGUGAAAAUGUUAGAAAAAAUAUUAUUUUAUCGCGUAAUUUUACUACUGACGUGCUGUUUAGCAUUUAUAUUUGCACAGCAAGAGAACACACCUGACGCAAUGGCACAACUUGCGGAUUUAUUGGGUUUGAGCCCGGCUAGUGCGCGUCUCAAAAGACAACCAUCGUUGAGCAAUUCAGCAGCGAAAUUUCUGCUUGAAGUGUACAAAGAAAUAAGUGAUGAGGAUGAAGUGCAUUUACCAGCAGAAGUGGUGCAGAAUCUACAUAAAACACGACAUAGACGUGCGCUCAACGAGGACAAUUUCAUAACGCCUUUCGAUCGCAGAGAGAUUGAGUUGAGCAACAACAUAAUCACAUUCGCCAGCAGACCCACAUCGUUAAAUUCGAAUUCUGCACCUUUGGGCGACAUGCUAGUCAAUUUCAAUUUGAAUGACAUACCCAGUGACUUGGAAUUAACACAUGCCGCCAUGCGUUUGUAUCAAGAUCCACAACUGGGACAAUACAGCACGAAUACUGAGCAUAAAUACACAAUCUCCGUUUACCAGCCAGUGGGCCAGUACAUGCUUAAUGUUGCAUCGUUAAAUGCCACCACCGCAUUCAACGGUUGGCUGGAGUUGAACGUAACAAAUUUAAUCAAUCAAUGGUUGCGCUUUCGUACACUGAGACACAUACUUUACGGCAAUCACUUGCUUGUUGGCGUCACACUGCAUAUACCAUUGACAAGCGAAGGUGUCGCUGUAAAAUUACAACAAAUUGCUGCUACUGAUGUGGGCUUAGUGCCGGCGCAAAUGCAACCGGAACUGCUUGAUGUGCAACCCUUCAUUAUAGGCUAUUUUCAUGGUCCCGACUUGAUGACCAAGAUGCGACAGCGUUCAACUCAACAACAACAGCGACGCGCACGACAUGCCGAUUCCUUUAGAAAGCCACCACCACCGCCACAGCCGCAUAUGCCAUCACACACAAUGAAUGAGGAAGACGCCAUUGAGCACCCCAAAGCAUGUGAGCGACGCAACUUCACUUUGGACUUCAAAUAUUUGGGCAUGGAGAAAUCGGUAAUUGCGCCGAAAACAUUUGAGGCCUUCUACUGCUUUGGCGAAUGCAAUUUCCCCUUGGGUACGCCUAUGAAUAAUGCCACUAAUCAUGCGAUUGUGCAGACGCUGAUACAUCUGAAGCGGCCAAACCUACCGAAACCGUGUUGCGUGCCAGUCAAGUUGGCCUCCAUAUCCAUAUUGUACUCGGUCAAUGAAGAUAGCGUGAAUCUGAUGCGUUUCUCACAAAUUGUCGCCAAGGAAUGUGGUUGCCGUUAAAUGAUGGCAUGUAGAGGGAGACGAAAUUCAAAACAAUUAAUUAAAAUAAUGUAGCAUAAUAAUUAUAACUGCAACAUGUAAAUACAUACAUACAUAUAUUUAAUUAUUGUAAAUUUGUUACAAUGAACAUAAUGAGAUUUUGCUGGCUUACAUACAAUAAGUAUAUACUAAGUGUUAAAAUGUAAGUAUGUGCGCGCGUGCAUGUAUAAAAAAACGUGUUAACAACAAUUUAA